AUGGUGUUGCAGGAUUCGUCGGAGGCCUUGAAGGUGUCCAAGGUCGCAGCCAACUGGAAGGCCUACGUAGACUUUGUCAACAACAUUGUCAUAGAAGGCUUUGUCUCAUCCAUCGCGGUCUCUCUUCAACAUCUCUGCGAGAUCUUGGAUCCGCUCAUCAUCGCCAAGCACGAGAUGCUGCCUCUCUUCGAAGUGAAGGUGGAGUUGCAAGACUCAGAGAUCAUCUUUGACCCACCCUUCCAGUCGCACAAGCCAGGGGACAUUUCCUUGAGAGCGACCAUUGAUGGCUGGCUCAAGGACUUUUUCGCGACAGUUACUUGCAUGCAGCGGCUUGACACCGGCAGCGGUGAUUAUCUCAAUGAGAUUCGAGAGCACUUCCAGAUGCAGCUCGGUGGCAGCAGCUCGUAUUUUUCGUUGGGCUGGCGAUUUUGCCUGCGCAACAUACCCAUUAGUGAAGGCAUGGACUACCGCGAGACCUUCAUGCAACACUCAUAUCUGUGGACAGAGUCGAUCGACAAGUCCUUCGAGAAGUUCUUGCAGGAGGGUGCCAGAGACCUCGUGGAAGGGUUUGAGGAGGAAGGACAAAAGGGACUGUCAUUCCGGGACAUCAUGGAGCGCAUCAAGGUGGACAUCGGCCGCCAGAUCCCUCCACUUGAGCAGUUCGACAAGCAGAUCAUCAACUUCAAGAACCUGAAGCAGGAUCUAUCCAACAUGAAGACGCCCGUGGACAUCCAUUGGCUUCGUGUGGGAGCGCAGCCUGUGAAGCUGAAGUUGGUUUCCUUCGCUCGACAGUGGGAGGAGAAGUAUGUGGACUUCAUCAAGAGCUUCACGGAGGAGCGGAUCCGCACGCUGGUCAAGUUCAUCAACGAGCAGCAGGAAGGUUUGGGCCCUCCCUCGCCGGUGGAUGAGCCGGAGAAUGAGAAGUUGCUGUACUCGACCAUGACCAACAUCCGUGAUGUGAAGCUGGCUACAAAUGCGGUCAAGAAGCUGUUCCCACCAAUCAGGGACCUGUGUCAGCUCUUGAAAAAGCACCACGUGAAUCAUGAUGGCCUCACUGAGCUUGACCAGGCACCCAACAAAUGGGACGAAGUUAUCCGCAUGGCCUUUGAUGUGAAGGAGCAGAUUCUACCUUUGCAGAGUGAAGAAGUUCUGAAGAUCCGAAACAAGAUCGAUGUUUUCGCAGAGGAACUUCAAGGUUUCUGCCACGAGUUCCGGGAGAAGUGCCCAUUCGACCCUGCGAAUGCUGUGGGCGGAGACUAUGACUUGAGCUACGAGACCAUGAACGAGUACUACAACAAGACCCUGGCCAUUCGGCAACGUGCCAAUGAGUUCAAUGACCUGGAGUUGCUCUUCGACAUGCAGAUGUCCAGCUACCGAGAGCUGAAGGACUGCCAGGAAGAGCUGAUUCUGUUGAAGAACCUUUGGGAUGGUGUGACGCUGGUGAAAGAGACGUUCGAGAGCUGGAACAGCAUUCUUUGGGAUAAGAUCGACACGGACUCCCUGGUCCAACAAGCCCGCGAUCUUCAGAACCAGGUCAAGAACAUGCCCAAGCAGAUCAGGGGCUGGCAGCUCUACCGAUGGCUUACAGAUGAGGUCAAGAACAUGGCCACGGUGCUGCCUCUGGUCAACGAUCUGCACGGCGAAACCAUGCGCGAUCGCCACUGGACAAGCAUCAUGACCAUCACGCAGAAAACGUUUGAGAAGGGCCCGGAGUUCUGCUUCAAGGACCUCCUUGACCUCAAGCUGCAUGAGUUCGCGGAGGACGUCUCGGAGGUUGUUGACCAGAGUGUCAAAGAGGCCAAAAUCGAGAAGAAGCUUUCUGCUAUCCGGGCCACCUGGUCAAAGAUGCCGGUGUCUUUUGACUGCUCCAAUCCCGACUGCCCGCUCCUCGGAGAACUUGGAGAGGUGAUCGAGAAGCUGGACAGUGACUCACUAGAGAUGAUGGGCAUGACCUCACAAGGCCGUUUCAUCGAGUUCUGCAAGCCGGUGGUCGACGAGUGGAGCGGCAAGCUGCGCGCCAUUGAUGGGGCCCUCAGCGUGUGGACCAAGGUGCAAGCCAACUGGUGCCGACUGGAGCCCAUCUUCAUGCAGAGUGCCGACAUCCGGUCACAGCUGCCAGACGAUUCCAAGCGCUUCGAGCAGAUGGAUGCAGCAUGGAAGGAGCUGAUGAUGGAUGCCUCGAACAGCUCGCUGAUUGUGGAAAUUUGCUGUGCGGAGGGGCGCGAAGCCAACCUGAGGGCGAUCUCCGAGGGGAUCGAUACAUGCGAGAAGGCUCUGAACGAGUACUUGGAGCAGAAGAAGAAGGCCUUCCCACGGUUCUAUUUCGUGGCAAACCAGGCCCUGCUGGACAUCCUCUCCAACGGCGCCAAGCCGUUGAAGGUUGCGGAGUACUUGGGUGACAUCUUUGAUGGCGUGAAGACCUUGGACUUUUCCAAAGCUCCGGACACUGGAAGAAUCGCCUGUGGCCAUAUUUCAAAAGACACCGAGAAAGUGGCUUGGGCAGAAGACAUGCACAUCGAUGGCGCUGUGGAGGGCUACCUUCUGCAGCUGGAGGGCCAUCUCCGCCUCCAGCUGCGCAUCGAGCUGGAGCAGGCGCGGGCAACUGCUGACAACUGGGAGCUGGACAACCCCCGAGAGUUCUGGUUGGAAGCCUACUGCUCGCAGCUGUCCUUGGUGGCUACCCAGAUCAUGUGGACAGAGGAGACGAAUCGGGUCUUCGAGGAGAUCGAGAGCGGGAGUGAGACAGCCAUGAAGGAUUACAAGCGCGUGAAUGAUGAGCGCAUUGAGAAGCUCAUCAAGCGCGUGCAGACCAAGCUGAGCAAGGACGUGCGUAACAAAAUCAUUACGCUGAUUACCAUUGACGUCCACGGCCGCGACAUCGUUGAGCAGAUGGCAAUUGCAAAGAUUUCGGACAACACGAACUUCAAAUGGCUCUCGCAGCUGCGGUUUCAUUGGAACUAUUGUCCGCAGGGCCAGAACCUGGUCAGCUACACCCCGGAUGACCUGAAGACGUGCGUGAUUCGCAUCUGCGAUUGGACCACCAUCUACUGCUAUGAGUACGUGGGCAACUGUGGACGCUUGGUGAUCACACCGCUGACGGAUCGAUGUUACAUCACGUUGACCCAGGCAUUGGGACUGACAUUGGGAGGAGCGCCGGCUGGCCCUGCAGGCACUGGAAAGACCGAGACCACGAAGGACCUUUCCCGCGCACUUGGAUUGCAGAUCGUGGUCUUCAACUGCAGUGACCAGAUGACAUAUCAGACCAUGGCCCAGAUUUUCAUGGGCAUUGCUCAGACAGGCUGCUGGGGCUGCUUCGAUGAGUUCAACCGAAUCUCAAUCGAGGUUCUGUCGGUGGUAUCGACCCAGUACAAAUGCAUCCUGGAUGCGAUUCGGGCACAAGUUCAGGUCUUCCUCUUCGCAGAGGAGGAAACAAAGCUGAUCUCGACUUGCGGGGCUUUCAUCACAAUGAACCCUGGGUAUGCUGGGCGAACAGAGUUGCCUGAGAACUUGAAGGCACUCUUCCGUUCGGUGGCAAUGAUUGUGCCGGAUCUUCGGUUCAUCUGUGAGAACAUGCUCAUGUCCGAAGGUUUCAUCAAGGCGCGGCCACUGGCAAACAAGUUUGUCCAGCUGUACUCCUUGUGCAAGGAACUGCUGAGUAAGCAGAUGCACUACGACUGGGGUCUGCGCGCCGUGAAGUCGCUGCUGCGACAGGCUGGCACACUGAAGCGCCUAGAGCCUGACAGUGAUGAGAACCCUGUGCUGUGCCGUGCCCUCCGAGACUUCAACACACCCAAGAUCACCACGCUGGACAUGCCCAUCUUUCUCCGGCUAAUCAUGGAUUUGUUUCCUGGUGUCUGGCCGGAUCCUUUCAGCGAUCCUGAGUUCGAGAAGUUCUGCUGCAACAUCGCCAAGCAGAGGGGCUUGCAGGAAGACCGGCAGUUCAUCAUCAAGAUCGUGGGUAUGCUGGGUAUUCUUGGCGUGCGACACUGCAUGUUCAUCAUCGGGCCAUCAGGCUGCGGCAAGACAGAGGUCUGGAAGACGCUCAUGGAAGCCUUGCGUGCGCGGGGUGAGGAUGGGUUGCUCGGCCUUCUGGCAGCCGCGGCAGUUUUGCAGUGGGAGCAAGCGAACCCCAAAGCAGUAACCAGUGACGAGCUGUACGGCACAAUGUCCAAGACGAAGGAGUGGAAAGAUGGCUUGAUUGCCGUGAUUUUCCGCAACAUGAGAAGCUUGGCGUCCAUCUCGUUUUGUCAUGCUUCGAUCAUGGUUGCACUUAGAGCCAGAACCUUGCAAUGGGUGAUCUUAGAUGGUGACAUUGAUGCGACAUGGAUCGAGUCCAUGAACACGGUCAUGGAUGACAACAAAGUCUUGACGCUGGUGUCCAACGAGCGAAUCCCGUUCACGCCUACGAUGCGCAUGAUCUUAGAGAUCCAAGAUAUGAAGCAUGCAAGUCCUGCUACCGUGUCUCGUGGUGGCGUGUUGUUCAUCAAUGAGACGGACAUUGGUUGGAAGCCGUAUGUGGAGAGUUGGCGUGAGAAGUUGGACCAGAUCCCACAAGGAGCCUUCUACCUGCAUUUCUCAAAUUACUUUGAGGCCAACAUCGAGGCAAUUCGCAAGUCGUUCAACUUUUCGUGCCCAAUGUUGGACAUGGGCUUCAUCAACAGCCUCACUUGCUUCAUCGAUGCGCUGCUCAACAACAACACCAAAGAAAACAUGGAGGCGCUACGCACGAUGAGUCCAGAGGAUCAGAAAAUGAGCUAUGAUGCCCUUUUCUGCUAUGCCAUGAUGUGGACGAUCGGCGGCUCCAUUGCAGAUGACAAGACGGUGAACUACCGCAAGAGCUUCAAUGCGUACAUGAAGGGUCUCUCGAAGGCAGUUCGCUUCCCUGACCAGGGCGAUUGCUACGACUUCAUCUACGAGCCAAAAGCCAAAGACUGGGUCAGCUGGGAGACGUACAUCAAGCCGUACCAGCCGCUGGCGGAGCAAAUGUACCAGAACAUUGUCAUCAGCAACAUGGAGUUGGAGCGCAUGAAGUACAUUCUGGAGCUGCAUGUGGCCAGGAAAAAGCCGGUGCUUUUCGUCGGUGUUGCAGGCACUGGAAAGACGACCAUUGUGAAGGACUACCUUGCGGACAUGAAGGCCAACAACGAGGACAUGAUCAGCAUGUCGAUCAACAACAACAACUACACAAGCAGCUUUGCACUGCAAAACAUCAUCAUGAGCGCAUUGGACAAGAGAUCAGGUCGAACGUUCGGGCCGCCAGCGAACAAGAAGUGUGUGUUCUUCAUCGACGACUUGAACAUGCCCUAUGUAGACACCUACGACACGCA